CCCGCACCAUCAACGCCAUGGGCUACAACGCCAGAGAGGACUACAUCUACGCCGUGAGCGAGACCUUAAACACGCCGUACAACUUCAAGAUCAUCCGCAUCCUCAGCAACGGCACCACGCAGGACGUCGCUACCAUUAACAAGUUCUCGAGCACGGCCGGCACCCUGUUCAACUCGGGCGACGUCGACGAGAACGGCCAGUACUGGAUCUCGACGGGCGGUGCCGACUUUUAUCAGUACAACUUCAACCCCGGCACGGCCGGCUACGGCACCCUGGUCAACAGCGCGGUACUCGCCGGCACCGGCGGCUACGUCAUCGGCGACUGGACCUACGUCCCCGGCACCGGCGGCGGUGACUUGUGGUCCGUCGGCGUAAAGAACUUCUCCUCCUUCCUCCUGCGCUGGAGCCGCACCACCAACACCUUCACCGUCGUGCGCGAGCUCGGCAACCUGACAAACACUCCCACGCAGAGCGGCUCGACCCCGGCCUUCUGGGGCGCCUCCUACGCGACCAACGACGGCUUCCUCUUCGCCUUCGAGAACGGCUCCGGCCAGGUCUGGCGCAUCUCCAUCGACGGCUCCGUGGCCAACAAGAGGGUCGCCGACGCCCCGGUGAGCAGUCAGAACGACGGAGCACGCUGUGUGGAUUCCGGCAGUGUCGUCGUCAACGGCGGUUAAACGUACAGCCCUAGAUUGAACCAUUUUCUUAUGUCAAAACAUCCCACACGAAAUAUCCAGAAUGAAUGCCCUCCUAUGAUUUAUCCCACAUUCUUUAACCGGUUUCCCAAAGGCGGGGGGAGUUCCGGUCGGAGAACAGCAUCAAGAAUCCC